CCAUAAUAACAUAUACUUUUUUAAAACACCACUUUUCAAGUGCAUUUAGAGCGCAUUUCUUACUGGAAUUCAGGGGCUUUUCACCAGAAAAAUUUCUAGACAAGCAUUCAGCCAGCAUACAUUGAAUGGCAGUCAUGGCUCCAAUUUUACACACUGGAUAUAUAGAACAGAAGCAGUAUGUUAAUAACCCUCACCUGGAUAACAUGGAAGAGGACAUACUUUACCACUUUAACCUGGGCACAAAGACCCACAACCUGCCUGCCAUGUUUGGUGACAUUAAGUUUGUGUGUGUCGGAGGCAGUGCCAACCGAAUGAGAUCUUUUGCUCAGUUCAUCCAUCAGCAGCUGGAGCUUCCAGGUAAUGCUGAUGAUAUCAGUGAUAUCUGUGAGGGGACUGACCGCUACUCCAUGUACAAAGUGGGGCCUGUGCUAUCCAUCAGUCAUGGUAUGGGUGUCCCAUCCAUCUCCAUAAUGUUGCACGAACUCAUCAAGCUCCUGUACCACGCUCACUGUAGUGAUGUUAUGGUGUUUCGCAUCGGCACCUCAGGAGGCAUUGGUCUUCCUCCUGGCACGGUGGUGAUCACUGAUAAAGCGGUGGACUCUUUCUUCAGGCCGCAGUUUGAGCAGGUGGUUCUUGGUAAAGUGAUUACCAGGAGCACAGAGCUGGAUAAAGGCAUGGCAGAAGAGCUCUUGCAGUGUUCCACUAAACUGCCCAACUGUCCCUCCGUUAUCGGGAACACCAUGUGCACACACGACUUCUAUGAAGGCCAGGGCAGACUGGACGGUGCUCUGUGCUCCUUCUCCACUGAGGAAAAGCUGGAGUAUCUGAAGAAGGCCCAUGAGGCUGGCAUCAAGAACAUUGAAAUGGAGUCCACUGUCUUUGCUGCCAUGUGUCGCAUCUGCAACCUUAAAGCUGCAGUGAUCUGUGUAACUCUGCUGAACCGGUUGGAAGGGGACCAGAUCUCCACGCCCCAUGACGUGCUGGUAGAAUACCAGCAGAGACCUCAGUACCUGGUGGCUCAUUUCAUCAAGAAACACUUGACACUUCUCUGAACACAUUAUUGUUGGUGUGUCUUAUUAUUUAAUUCCAGAUUUUAGAACUAUUUCUCCACCCUGAAUCUCUAUCUCCUGUCUUUGUAGCUUUCGUCUGAUGAUCAAGGUGAUCACGGACAGCCAUUUUAACACUGAAAAAAAUACUCUAGCUAUUAUAGACAAAAAUAAUUGGGACUGUUUAUCAUCAGUUAAAGGCAGUUCAGUAAAAAGGUUUGAUUACAAACUACACUCUUCAGACAAUUAAUAUUUUAGGAUAUGUGAGAGAAUUUGAUUAAAGUUGUUCUGAUAACCAGAACAAAGAAGCAAACCUGAGCAUAACCAUAAGCAAAACCAAAAGCAUAGAAACGCGAGAUAAAGAGUACUGUGAAAGAUAAGACUAUAUGCAAGUGCUAAUCAAGGUGACAAGGAGCAGGACAGGUGAGGGUGCAGUAGCUGAUGGUUAAAGUCCAGAGACAUAAACCCGAUCGUAACAAACACGGAGACAGACGAAUUAAUAAAGACAAAUAGAUAUAAAUUGAUAGAUAGAUGGAUGGAUAACCAGACAGAUGGACAGACAAAUAGGUUGGCCAAUGGCAAAAAGUUGCAGUGAUAGUGCAAUGAUUAUCCAGUUGGUUAAAGAAGCAUAUUGCACAUGAGUAAGAUAUUCCAAAACAAAGACUAAUACAACCAUGAUAACACAAUUUAACAUAACUUAUGACCAAAUUCAUGUAUUUGAAUAAGCAAAUCCAUUCCUGGAAAUACUCAAUGAACUGAUGAGAUACAAUAGUACUCAACUGUAUUAGAAGGCGUGUUCUCUGAUCGCAUAUACGUGCUACAUUUGCAGUAGACCAGGUUGAAAAAAUAAUGCAUUCUAAAAAAGGGUUUUAAAAAAAUAUGUGCAAUGUUUAAUUUAGGGAAAAACAUAAUCAACAGCUACAAAAGCCUGUAUAUAAUGUUCAUAGGAAGUAUUUGUCAAUGCUGUGGUUUGAUUACUGUACAUAUGUUGUAGAUAUGUUAAAUGUUACUGUAUAUUUGUAUUCUCAUUGCACAAAGUACUUGAGUUUAAAUCGUAAUGAUUUUUCCAAGGUGCUAAAUGUCUUUCCAAAGGUGCAGAAUCGAAUGUCUGUAAUAAAGUGUUUCUUACUGCUUGUGUAAAUAAAUGUAUUAUCCAAAAUAUCUACUUCUUUGGAAAAGA